AUGAUGGUACGUGUCCAAGUCCACCCUUCCACAUUAUGUGCCGUCGACGCAUCAAAAUUAGCACAUGGUCAUUCAUAUAUUCCAUCAAAAAAUACAGAUUUAACUGGACAAACAAUAAUAAUUACAGGAGCAGCAUCGGGUAUUGGUCGUGUAGCAGCUAUUGAAUUUGCUAAAUUAGGUGCAAAAGUUAUUCUCGGUAUACGUGAUCAAAAUCGAGCUGAACAAGUUGCUCAAGAUUUAGAAAGUAAAGCAAAUAUUAUUGGUACUAAUAAAAUAAUUGGUUAUGAUUUGGAUUUAUCAAAUCUUUCGAUAGUAAAAAAUUUCGCUGAGAAAAUUCUUAAAGAUGAAGAAUAUGUUAAUAUUCUGUUAAAUAAUGCUGGUAUAGCAUAUAUAAAACAUACAUUAACAUUUGAUGGAUUAGAAAUGGAUUUUGGUACAAAUCAUAUUGGACAUUUUUAUUUAACAAAACUUCUUUUACCAUUAUUAAUUAAAUCAAAAGGACGUAUUAUUAAUGUUAGUAGUAUUGGACAUUGUUUUAUAGAUAAUAAAAUUAAUUAUGAAUUUCCUAGUUCAUCUUAUGAUGCACGAUUAGCAUAUAAUCAAUCUAAAUUAGCACAAAUAUGGCAUGCUUAUCUAUUACAAGAACGUUAUGGUGAACAAGGUAUAAAUGCAUAUUCAUUACAUCCAGGAAUAAUUUAUACAGGAUUAACACGACAAAUACCGAAAGUUUUCGAAUUAAUUUAUCAAUUGAUUUUAUUUAUAGUUGGAAAAUCAUUAUAUGAAGGUACACAAACAAGUUUAUAUUGUUCAUUAUCUAAUAAAGCUAAACCAGGAAAAUUUCAUGCAGAUUGUAAAGAAGCAAAAUCAAGUCCAUUAGCUUAUAAUAAAAUAUUAGCUGAAGAAUGUUGGAAUUUUAGUGAAAAAAUAAUCAAUGAAAAAACGAAAGAUUUUUGA